ACAUCCCUUAGAAUUUAUCCACGGAUUUCUUGUAGCCAAAAACCAAGUUGCUAAAGAAUAAUCCAUACCAUUUACCUCGCCUGAAACCUUUUGCCAUGGAAGCAUUUCUGCUUGACCCUUCCACGCGAUUCCGACAUCCAAUAACUGCUCUCCCAAAGUCUCCAACUCUACGAGCCGUUUACACAAACCCUAGUCCUUCCUUCCGCGUUGGAGUCCGCUGCGGCCUAAGAGAUGGCCCGAGGAAGCCGCUGUGGAGGGGAAGAGUAUUGUCGAAAGAGGCAAUUCAAGCUGUUCAGGCGCUCAAGCUCGCUAAAUCCUCGCCAUCGGCAUCCGCCAACGCUCGUACGGACGGAGAUGAUAAAAUGACGGAGGUCUUUCGCGGGAAAAUCGCGCGUCUUCUAAAAGCUGAUCUGCUUGACGUGCUCAAGGAGCUCCAGCGCCAGAAUGAGUGGGGAAUCGCUCUUCAGGUCUUUACUUUCAUUAAAAAGGAGGUUUGGUACAAACCAGAUUUAUCUCUCUAUAGUGAUAUGAUUAUGAUGAUGGGAAAAAAUAAGUUGAUUGAAAAUGCUGAAAAUCUUUUCGUAGAAAUAGAGAAAGAGGGUGUUCACCCUGAUACUAGAGCCUUUACUGAAAUUAUUGGAGCCUUCCUGCAAGUUGGCAAUGUGGACAAGGCUAUGCAUAUGUACAACUUGAUGAAGAAUUCUGGUUGCAAUCCAGAUAAGUUGACUUUCACCAUAUUAGUUAGAAACUUGGAGAAGGCAGGAGAGGAAGACCUUGCAAUUUCUGUAAGGAGGGACUGUAAACAGUAUAUAGAUUCCCCCGAGAAGUUCCUACAAGAGUUGGACAAGGAAUAUCCUAAAAGGAGGUCAAUUAAGCUUGUGUGAGUGACCUUAGAUAUCUGUCAUUCAAAGAUAUUGGAGAAAUUGUCUUUGAAUUCUGAUUGAUGGCUAUAAAACUUGCUUGGAAAGGACCUUCUCCAAUUCCUGUCAGUGAAGUGGUGGGGAGGGAUAUCACUUAAUCAUUUGGCUGGCUGUUCUCUGGUUCGCACGACAAGAAUUCUGAAAUUUGGGCAAGCAGAAGCUAAACCAGCAGCUUCACACUAUCUUCUGUAUAUUAGAUUGAAGAAAUUAUCAAAUUAGGACAUACAUGUUAGAGAUGCGAGCUGCGUAUACAGUAUCUUAGGCUUCAUUUGGGACGGCUUUUUUAUUGUUUCUUAAAGCGGUUUUCUAGUAUAAAAAUUUUAUUGCUUCUUAAUUUUUGUACUAAAAAGCCGUUUUAAGCUGUAAAAAAAACUGUCACAAAUGAAGUCUUAAAUAUACAUUGAACUUCCUUGCAGCCAAAUUUGUUACUGCCAGGCUGGGGGCUUAGAUGUAAUUGCAUGCAUUUUCAGGAUGACGAGUGAAUCUGGUGGUUUACAUGUAAUCAUUAGUUGAUCUACUAAUGCCUUUGAUUCACUAACCUAAUCACCCUCCCAAUAAAUGGUUAUUUUUCAUUUCUUUUUAAAUGUUUGAACAAAUACAUUGGAAGUUUUUCAGUUGCA